AUGGGUUGUUCGCCUUCUGUCAUACAUCAUGAAAAGGAUGAAUUCCUUAGAGAUGAUAUACUAUUCGAUGAUUUAGAAUUGAGCGAUGAAACUAGCGCAAAUUUUGUCAAUGACUCUAUUCGAGUAAACGAAAGCAUUCAGAACAGGAAAAUUCUGUACAAGGAAGAAAACGUAGAUUUCUCAUUGGUUUAAGAGUAACUACUUGACCAAAAACCCUUCAUAAUAAAAUCAUGUUUUAAAAAAAACAAUAAAACGAAAUAAUUUAUGCAAAACGAAAAGAAGGUGAGAUUUUGUAAGACUUACUUCAUCAUUAUAAAUGGUGUAAAAUUCGUGGUCAAAAGGAUUAAAUAAAGAAAUAGUAAAAAAAGAAAUAAAUUACCUGAAGUUAAAUGA